GCGCGAGGGAUUUUUCGAUUUUGUUCUAAAAUAAUCUUCCAAAUUCCACAUUUCGUUACAAAAUUUUCCAGACUUGUCUCUUCCAACGGUAUAACCAUUCUGUGAUGGCAGCAAGUACGUCACAAUCGGCCAAGCAUGACAGUGAGCUCUCCUCUCAGGAGGAAUCCGAUAACAAUGAAGAACUGAAAACCAGUAUAUCCAGAGUGCCGGCAAGAGGGCGCUCUGCUUCCAGAAGUCCAGAGCGUGACUCUCAACAACAUGACCAAGUUGUAGAGAACGACACGAUUCCCACUCGGGAUGUGUCACACUCCUUUGGGAAGUUCUCCGCAAUGUCUGCACCGUUCACAUUUGAAGAUAACCUCAGAAACAAGAGCGAGAUGAAGAUUUUACGUUCCCAGCUUCGCCAGACGCAGUCUGAUCUCAGGAAUGAACAAGAUUCAGUUCUGCAGUUACGUCGCCGAUUAAAUAUAAUUGAACGAGAAAGACUUGAUGAAGGAACGAAAGCCAAUGAAGAGAUUGUGAACUGGCAAACCCAGGUGACUAAACAGCGCUGUCAGAUCGAGAGGAAAGAAGCAGCCAAGCAGAACACUGAGUUUGAAUUAGCUAAGGCGAGGAGAGAAAUGAAUGCUGAGAGGAAGAAUGCUGCAGAUAGAGAUGUCAUGUUGAAAACUCAAAUUGACAAUCUGAAAGAACAGGUUGGUACCCAGGAUCGCCACCUUCAGGAGCUCCAACACCAAAUUCAAGUCCAGCGCCAUGCAACAAAUGAACAUGAUAAUCAUCAUAGAAAUGCUCUUGAGGAAAAGGAUCGAGAAAGCAUGAAGUUACUAGCUGAGAUUGAUGUUUUGGUUGCUGAGAGAGAAAGACUUGAUAUUGUUAUUCAGGAGAAAGAGGGUGGUGUUAGUGACCUAAGUGAAACAGUUCAAGAGCUUGAAGAUAAACUGCGACAUCAAGGAGACACCAUUCGACGUCAGAUUGCUGAGAUUGAGUUCGGCAAGGAAAGAGAAGACAGGAUAAAGAAGGACCUGGAGACUGCCCUGCAUCGGCUACGUGCCCUGGAAGAUGGUAUUGAGGCAGAAAGAGCUGCUCAUCUGGAAUCCAAGUUCAACUCUGAGAUAACACAGCUUCGAAUCCGUGAUCUGGAGUCUGCUUUGGAAGCUGAAAAGAACCAGAGAUCAGAGAACACUAAUGUGAUGGAGAAUCUUCAAAAACAGCUUAGGGAAAUUGAAAGGUCAUAUCAUCAAGAUGCACUCAUCUCUCAGCAGAAGGGAGAGAAGUUGACAAAUCUUGAGAAGGAGUACGCAGCAGUCAAACAACAGUUAAGUGAAGAGCUCGAGGAUAAGAAUGGAGUUGUACAGAAUCUUUCCAAGCAGUUGCAGCUACAUGAGAGGAACUUUGAGGAAUUGAAGGAUGAACUGACAAAGGCUAAGAAACGGCAAGCUUAUCUUGAGGAAACCUAUGGAGGCAGCAUGAGAGAAUUGGAACUACUUCUGGACAACUUCAAUGUGGACGCCAUUGACAAGAAGAAAAGGAGUAGGAAAUCAGAUGCUUCAUUGUCAAGCCAGCCGAAACCGAUCAGUCCGUCACUCGUCCUGGAGAACCUCAGACAUACGCUGAUGGAGUACAAGAGGAAAUUGAACAUGACCUCGGAAGAAUUGACCAAGAUGAAGAAGCACUGUGAGAACUUGGGUAAAGAGUGCGACUCUUACAAAGAUAUGAUCUGGACAAAAGAUAGAGCUCUUGAGGACACUCAAAAGGGCUACUCCAAGUCAAGCAAGGAGUUGAACCGUCUGAGAAGUGAGGUGGUGGAGCUUGAGGCACUCAUGGCUGCCAUGAAGGUGGAGUUGCAGGGUGCGGUUCAAGGAAGGGAGAAGGAGAAAGCUCGGGGCGAUGACAUCAAUGAGGAGAUGCUCAAAAUGUCCAAGAGGUUCAAGGUUGAAGAUGAGGAGAAGAUGGGUUUCAUGCACAUGCUCUACCAGAGACUGAUGGCUGGCCAAGUCUUAUCAGAACCCAAGGGUCAACUCCUCUCCUACACCUGGUUUGACCUGAGUAACAUGGUGCAUGAGCAGGUCUCUGCUCUACUCAGUGCUGUGCACAGGGCAGAGGAGAAGGUAAAACACUAUGAAAACAUUGUUGUGAGCAAGGAGGAGGCGAUGGAGCAGAUGCAGAAAUCACACGAACACCAGUACCAGAAACUGGAAGAUCUUGCUCAGGAGAGAGAGAAGACAUGGCAGAAACAGAAGUCAGAGCUCGAGGAACACUACACAAGAAUGUUGGCAGAGGUGCAUGUCAGGUCAAAGAAAAGUCAAACUCUUGCCGAUCAGGCUUGGGAACGUGUCCGAGCCACAGGAAGUGUCCAACAAGGCCUCGAAGGAGAGCUCAUGGAUCUCCGAAAUCACCUCGAACGAAUCCAGGCGGAGAACUCGUCAUUGUUAUCAGCAUGUGCUCUGCUGGCCGGAGCAUUCUUCCCCAUGUAUAAUCGUUACACGUCCCUAGUCGGAGAACAUGGAUUCCUGGAGGAGCAGUUAAUGCAGCAUCAGAAUCUUCACCAGCAGGCUAAGAAUCUUGUCUCAAUGCUUGAUACUGCCUUUGACGUUGAUGCUGAGCUCACUCCCCCUGGCAAGCGUAGCCCAGCUCAACUAAACCGCAGCCCGAUCAUGAUGUUCCGUAUGGCUGGCCUGGCUGUGAUUGCUGCCAAUCGUCUUGCUUAUUUCGCUAACAGCAGCUGUAAGAUGUUCACCUCUUAUGAUCUCUCGACUGGAUUGGCAGGACUAGCUGUAUCCACUGGGGGUGCUGCCAGACCGCAGAAACUCAGAGGUGUUGGCUUGGACAUUCCAACAACAGACAAGAUACUAGUGACAGCUGGACAAGAGAAGGCAGCCUCUUGGCUGACGAGUGAAGACCUCAAGGCCUGUCUCAUGAAUUCAACCGUCGAGGUGCAGGAUGCUUUAUCAGCUGGACAAAGAGGAGGAGGAGUUGAUGCCAAGUUAGUGACUGGUGCUGCCCGAAACUCGUUUGCCAAACUGAUGGAUAAGCUGCAAGUGUUCUUCAACCAGCCGCUUCAGGAGAAUGGCUUUAGAGACAAGGCUUCAUUGGUUCGGAUCCUCAGCAAUGGUCUUAACCAACAACUUGCCCACACAAAGCCGAAAGAUAAACUUCACCUUUCCUCCUCCCAGCAAACAAUGAGCCAACUGCAGUGUCUGAUCCUGGAGUUGACACAGAAUCUUCACGGUGCCGAAGUGGACUGCCGCAAUCUACAAGUCGAGAACAAGAAUCUGUCCGAGGAUAAUUUCCACAUGAAGAGCAUCGCUGGCAAGGCCAUGGAUCUAGAAAAGGAGGUCAUAUCUCUCAGGAAAAGCAGUAAGAAACAAGUUGAGUUAGAGCGGUUUGAGAGUGUGUGUCAGGAGUUAAGCAAUGCCCUCUCCCGAGAACAACAAGCACAAGGCAUCUUGAAUGAACAAGGAGGACAACUUGAGGAACUGACAUCAAAACUUGGUGUUAUCAGCUCUGAGGAAUCACAGAGGCAGAGUACUUACUCUGAAGCAGUACAGGGACUGUCUGAGGCUCGCUUCGAGUUGAAGCAGAAGGAGCAAAUCAUACGCCAGGUAAACAAACAUCUGACUCAACUCGAGAUGGAUAAUCAGGAGCUGUUAGACAAUGUCCGUGAUGCUGAGCACACCCUGAGGAGUACCGCUAGAGACAGAGAUGUCUUGCAGUUGUAUGUCAAGAACAUUGAGGAUGCCUUAGAGAAGGCAAAGCAUCAAAUGGCCAUGACAAAAACUCUGACAGCUAAAGACACCAUGCUGGCUAAGGUUCUUCUCUCCUCAGACCUCAUGCCAGUGGAGAUCGGUAAAGCAGGACCCCAUGUACUAGCCUGCCAGAACCUCGUAACAGCUUUCAUUGAUACUCAGCACCAGAUUUUCGGCAAAUUCUUAGCCAUGGAGGAGGAGCUGGAAGGAUAUAGGAGACAUAUCGAAACACUCAAACGAGAGCUCAACGCCGCUUGUCUGCGAGAAUUCAAUGCUGAACAGGAACCAAUGCAUGAAAGCCAUGGAUUGUCCUAUGAUCCGGUUAUAUCAGUUGCUGCCCCAACCAGAGACACCAAUGAAUACGGACCUUUAGUAUGUGAAUCUGAUUCGUCCUUCUCCGUCCUCCAACCCAGCAGUCCCGGCAAGCUCUCAGCCCCAAGAUCACCAAAUACACGAAAAUCAAAGUCCGAGCCAUUCCAGACGCCAAGCUUGUCAGCAAAAUCAAGCAUGAGAUCAAAACCAUACAAUAACAAGAGAUAGAUGGAUCAAUGUUACUCAACUGAACUUUACAUUCAAAUGGAUGGCUAAAGUGACUGUAAAAACUAUGAAAUUUCAUGCUUCGGGAGAAGCUGUAGCUGUGUCAGUAUUGUAGGGCAUUUUUUCGAUGAGAGACAAUUUAUUCAGCAUGUCAGCAGAGACCCUUCCUCAGUGAGUUCUCUCAAGUGCAUGUUUUUUAAGAGGACUUGCCUCCUAGUGUUGACAUACUUUUCGGAUUGCCACCUACAUGUAAGUGUACCGGUACGUCGUACAUUUACGUGGCAACAAUUUAUGUGAGGAAAGGAGUACAUGAGAUUUUACCCGAUAGAUGUAAUAGCCAAAAACAUCCCACAAAUGUCAAGUCAAAAACAGGAGGUGAUUUCCCUAUCAAUUCUGUUACAGUUCCGUAAAAUGACUUAUCUCCAAAUUUGUUAUGAAAGCCAUUUCCUUGUUGUCUUUUGUAAAAUAACUUUUAUAAUCAUGACAGUUGUUAUUGUAACGAAUAGAUUUUUUACUGCAAUGUAACCCAGCAUUUUGAGAUAUCUGUAUUUUACAUGGCAAUAUGUUCAUUUCUCUUUGGUCAGUUUUAAACCCAGACCAGAGUUAGGUGCUGUGCACUAAUGAUUAGAUCACUCAAUUCUUUAGCCUAAGCUUUUAUGGUUAAAACUUGAACAAAAUUGUCACAGUAUUUUCAAUUUUAAUGUUGAACUUUAAGGUUUAUGCAUUUUGACUGUUUUUAUAGCAUUUUGACAGUUUUUAAUGGGGUGUUCAAUAUCAGCGGCAAUAAGCAAUCCAGGUCUUCUUAUGAGCAAUAUAAUUUCGGCAAGGAAUGUGAUUUUUUUCAGUGUUAAACAUGUUUAACUAAGCUCCAUCUCAUUGUCAAUGAACACAAGAACUGUGUACAUGUAAUGUAGAUUAGAUAUAAUUUAGAAAAUAAUGCUAGGGAAACAGUAGUGCGAUUGGUAUCAAUUGAUUAUAAGUUAUAUGAUAGUAGCAGAUUAGUGGCAGCAGGCUGUAGAUUAGUGUGUGUGAGUAACUUAUGAAGAACGUAGUGGGUAGUGGGUUUACUAAUAGCAUGGUAAUCAUCAUUCGUCAUAUAAUCUGUAAUUUGUCCAUAAGAGUUCAUAUUUUCCCUUCUCAAUCUCUGCCAUCUUAAAGAGGUAAAUACUUCAACAUUCCACUUGUUGUCAGGUCAGUCCGGAGUGUUCUUGACUUAAGUCAGUAAAUGUUGGCACAAUUUUGUGACACUCCUGAGUGAGUUUACAGCAAUAACCUUAAAAUGCAGUAUUCAAUAUCGAUAUGUAAUAAAAUUGUACUAACAAUGCUGACAGCAUGUUUGUGAUGAAACUGGUGUUGAUCACCAUGAAAAUUAACCUUGUGCUGCUGUGAUGAAGUUUUCAUCCUCAUUCUACGGUAAGCCGACCAUCAAAUUUCAUCACAGUAGUAAAAAGCAAACAACAAUAACAUAGAGUAGAAGUUUUAUUUAUUAUUUUUCUAUUUUUGUAAUGACAAACACAGAUAAAUGUUUUGAUAUCAUAUUCAUAAAUGAUAAAAUUGUCAUGUUGAUUAUUGAGUGAAUCGUGCUUUAACAAGGAAAUUUAAGGGGUCAUAA